AUGGGGAAAGUACUCGCCAUCGACGACAUGGUGGUUGAAAUCGCCUUGCGUAUCCCUCCCUCCGACCCAGCGAGCCUCGUCCGCGCCGCCCUAGUCUCCAAAAAUUGGCAGCGCCUCCUCACGAGCCCCGACUUUCUCUUAGCCUACGCCGAACGCUACGGCAGGCCGCCGUUCCUGGGAUACUUUCACAGCAGCCCAAGCCCACUGAGUGGUCGUCAGAUGGAUCGUUUCGUUCCUGCCGCCGCCGCCUUCCCAACCUUCUCGCCGGACAUCGGCACGGACAGCUGGUACACUCUCGACGUCCGCCAGGGUCGCGUGCUUCUGCUCCGCGUCACUCCCGAUCUCAUAGUUUGGAAACCGAUGAGCGGUGAACACUUUCUCCUACCUCGGCCCCCGCGCUCGUAUCAGUACCAAGCCGGGGCGGUAAUGUGUGCUAACAACCCACAGUGCAGGGAUCCAGAUUGCUACGAUGUUCAUGAUUUUCGUGUUAUUUUUGUGGGCUGUGAUGAUAAGCUUGUGACCUUCAACAAGAGGAAAUUCUUUGAAGGGAAUGAAACCUGGGCGUGCAUCUACAGCCAGGAGACAGAUGAAUGGGGUGAGAUAUAUGUACUGAAGGAUGAUCGUUAUACUGAGCACCCGCUGUUAGAGCACAAUCCUCCUGUGCUCCAUAGAGAUGCUCUCUACUUCACUCUUGAGAUGCAUGAGCUGCAGGGAGAAGAGGUGCGAGCAGCCCUGAAGUUUGAUCUUACUGUCCAGAAACUAUCUGUGGUGUUUGCCCCUGAAGGUGCAUAUGCAGAUUUUGGAAUGUUUUUUGGAACUUCGGAAGGUUUUGCAUUUGCUGGAAUUGCAGAAGAAGAUGAGGAUGAAGGGACUGAACAGAACACCAUAUCUAUAUGGAGCCUCACUGAUAGUGACCCAGCUGUGUGGAGUUUCAAUAGAGAUAUUAACUUGGAGCCAAAAGACGAUGGAGAUAGUGGAUCAAGUAAGGUAUAUGUUGCACGUGUACCUUUUGAUUAUCUUUAUUAA